AUGGACACUCUCCAAAAGAUUAUAAUGCUUGUGGCCCUAACUCUAUGGGCAAACGUUGCCUGUAAUGGUAGUCUCGAGUGGGUGAUCACCAUCUUUUCGUUGUCCACGUUGCCCAAUACUCUCGUGAUGGGGAUUCCUCUGUUGAUUGCUAUGUAUGGAGAAUAUUCUGGGUUUCUAAUGGUGCAGGUUGUUGUGUUGCAGUGUAUAAUAUGGUACACUUUGUUAUUGUUUUUGUUUGAAUAUAGGGGUGCAAAGAUGCUUAUUAUGGAGUGGUUUCCUGAAACUGCUGCGGAUAUCGUGUCGUUUAAAGUUGAGUCUGAUGUCGUUUCGCUUGACGGACAUGAUUUUUUGGAGACGGAUGUUGAGAUUGGUGAUGAUGGGAAGUUGCACGUGACUGUGAGAAAGAGUAAUGUUUCUAGACGGUCGUUAGGGUUGGGUUCGGUUACAGGUAUGACUCCUCGCCCGUCGAAUCUCACUGGCGCGGAGAUUUAUAGUUUGAGUUCGUCUCGAAACCCGACUCCUAGAGGAUCGGAUUUUAAUCCAUCGGUUUUUUAUUCGAUGAUAGGGUUUCCGGGUGGGCGUUUGUCAAACUUUGGACCCACGGAUGCGACCCCGAGGCGGACGAAUUUUGAAGAGAGUACGGCCCCGAGGCCGCUCAAUAUGAAUUCACCUAAGUUCGGGUUUUAUCCGGCUCCUAAUCCGGAUAUUGCUUCGAAUGGUGUGAAGUCAGUUAAAAGUCAACAAUCAGAAAGUCAAAAACAAACACAAGCACAACAAAAUGGUGGGCUUAAUAAAGCCAGUCAUGACGCUAAGGAGCUUUAUAUGUUUGUAUGGAGCUCCAGUGUGUCGCCUGUAUCCGAAGGCGGGCUACAUGUUUUUGGAAGUGGUGCGGAGCAUUCGGGUCGCCCUGACCCGAAUGACGCUAAGGAGAUUAGGAUGAUGGUGUCCGAUCAUCAAAAUAGUAAAACUACGGAAAUGGGAAGAGAAGAUUUUGGAUAUGGUGAAGAAGAGAAGGGUAAAGAGCGGCAAAUUGGUCUAAAUAAACUGGGUUCAAGUUCUACGGCGGAGCUCCACCCGAAAGGUGUUUAAGAUCGGAUUAUCCGGAUAUCCAAAAAUUUCGGAUAGUGAAUAUUGAUAUCCGAAUCCGUAUCCGAAAUUUCGGAUAUCCGA